AUGAGUUACAGAAACGAACAUAUGAAAGAAACAGGCGGUAACAGGAAAAAAAGAUUUGAAAAUGAGAAAAAAGGAUAUAGUGAUCCCACAGUUUUGGUUGGGCAGUGGUUCGAAGAACGUGCUCGCAAAGAGGCUGAUUACGUGGAAUUUCUUCAGAAUUAUGGCAAUGAAAACACUCCAGUGCAAAAAUUUAUGAAGUAUAAAACAACUUUAAAUGAUCCUACCAGUUUAACUGAAUCAAGGGACGGUUACUUGCACAAUAAAGAUGCCGUCAAUAUCUGUUGGUGCACAAAAUUAUCAACUUCAAAGUCUUCACAGAAACAACAUGUAUAUUUAUCGGCCUUACCAUUUGAGAUAAAGGGGGCUGGAGACUUCGUUGUACCAUGCAUAGCUACGGCUGUGACGGCCAAAAAUGGCAAUAUUGCAAGGUGCACAUUUUAUAUUUGUCGUGCUAAUACGGCCGUUCCAGACAACGUACCCAUAAUGUACAAUGAAUGCGUACGGAUUGUCACAACAGGAAAUACAGGUGGGGUUUUAACAUUUAUUGACACUGCUUAUAGUGCCAGAAGCCUACCACAAAAAUCUGAAAAGUUGUCGCCAAAUUAUAUUUAA